UAUUUUUGUAUCAGUGUCAAUAUAUCAAGUAUAAUUGUAAACAGUUUCUAUUCAUUCUAGCUUAACUUAAUGAUGUCAAAAAUAGAUGAAACAAGUAAAGAAGUUUUUGUAGCUGACACCAAUGUUCAUUUCAUGCCACAAAUAUCCUUAAAAAAUCUGUGAAAGAAAACCCCCAGUUAUACUUAAGUAUCAUUUUUCGUAUGCUCUAUCUCAUAUUUAAGAACUCAGUCUCAUAUCUUCAUUGUACUUAGGAAUAUUUCAUGUGCGUCAUAUUUUGAACCAGUCGUAUCAUAUUUAAGAUUUUCAGUCCAAAAAAAUGACACAGUGUUUUAUUUAUUUUUGUUUUAGAUUUGCAGCUCUAAAGAAUUAAACACAAUGCCAUUUUAAAGCAGCUAACAUUGUCUUUCAUAUACUUCUUACCCUUCAGGUACUUUUUUCCUUUAAAAAAUGAAAUCACAUUUUGUGAUUUUGUGUCAUAUUUAGGACACCUUACCCUACAAAAUUCUGCGUGCAUCCAGACAGAAUGCAGUAUGGAGAUACAGAACAUGCACAAAUAAAAAAUGUAAAUAGUCAAUACCAAAAGUUACAAUCAUUUUCAGUAAAGGAUGUUCUGCUGUCCAAAGUUGGUAGAUUGUAAUAAUCUGGAGCUUUAAAUAAUUAUAAACUAAAGGGAUUUCAAAACUGAAACGGAAAGUUUGUAACUGGUGUGCCUCAUUAGUUUUAAGUUUUAGUGGUGAGAUGUGGUCAUUAAAUGAGACUAAUCCAAAACUUGACAGUGAGCACAGAGGGAUGUGUGUUGGGAAUUACUAGGACAGACAAGGAAACAAGCGAAUGUAUCUGGGGAUUAAAUUGUGUGUAAGUAAGAUGAGAGCUUGUAGGAGGCGAUUAAAUGACAGGGGAAAAUGUGCAUGAGGCUCGUGGGCGUUUUAUCAAUGAAGGCCAUAAUGGACGGCAAAGUCUAUAGCAACCUUUAUGUAGCAGAGGAUGUUGAAUGACAAGACUUUAGACACUACACAAAAAUAAUCCAUGUUGAGAUUUAAUCUGUUUCAAGCAACCCUCAGAAAAAUGUGACAAGUUCAUUACUUUCGUUGCUGUAAACAAUUUAAGGAAAACACAAAUCUGUUAAUGAAACAAAUGGUCCCCUUUGAUAGAGAGAAAGCCUCGUUUAACUUCAUGUGCUAAACAACGAUUGCUACAUUACUGCGAAUUAAAUUCGCAACUGUUUAAAGCGGUUGGCACAGGUGACAAUGCUUAAAAUCCUUGCUGCGUGCUGUCAUUCACUUUAUAUUGCUUCUGAAAGAAGUCACCAAAUGCGCUUAAUAUCGAUUACUUCGGCGACAAAAUUUUAUAUUUACAUAUACGGCGAGGUUAAUUUAAGGAAAUGAGCUAUCAGUUCCCAGGUCUGCAGUUAAGACACAAUUAAUACCACGUACUGAAGCAAGCCACGUUAAUGCUCUGUACUGACUACGUCUGCUCUUAUCAGAUCACACAAAUUUCGGCCUAUAUUCACAAGAUCACACACACACACACGUAUCACUGCCACAAAAAACUACUUGUUACACUUGUUGACUAUUAAAAACUAACAGCUUCACGUUACGCCAUGAUAACUUUACAAUCUCAAGUCUCCUGUACAUUAACGAGGCACUAUCGAUGAGCAGUUCGUGGAUACAAUACUCUUGCUUGAAAAUACAACAAACUGUGUUUGCAUACGAAUACAAUUUCAGACAUCACAGGGCAUACGCAUUUCACAAGAUAAACACCACUUCCGUACUAGUUGGUGCAGAAAGCAAACUGGAUAUUGGUCGAUAAAGAGAGAAAGAAAAAGCAUAGACUUUACACACUAGCAUAAGACGUCUCCUGUGUAAAUGCACGACAUAUAACAGUAAGCUUGUAACACGGGAAGGGUUUGGCUUAAUAACGAACAUGUGUAUAAGAGCAAAAGUACCAUGCCAUGUUCAGAUGCUUUGAUUUUUCGCUCGCACUUUCUGAUUUGAAGUCACGUGACCGCAAACGCCAUCUUGGAUUUGAGCCACGAGGUUUUGGUGAGAAAAAUAUAUUUACCGGGUUUAGAGAGAAGUUGGAAAUGCCUUCAAGUAAUCCCUUACCUCCCAAAGAAAAUGCUUUAUUCAAACGAAUUCUGAAAUGCUAUGAACAAAAACAGUACAAAAAUGGGUUGAAAUUUGCGAAGCAGAUUCUUACCAACCCAAAGUUUGCAGAACAUGGGGAGACUCUUGCUAUGAAAGGAUUGACAUUAAACUGCUUAGGUCGGAAAGAAGAAGCAUAUGAAUAUGUUAGAAGAGGUUUACGGAAUGACUUAAGAUCCCACGUUUGCUGGCACGUUUAUGGGCUACUUCAACGUUCAGACAAGAAAUACGAUGAAGCAAUCAAAUGUUACAGAAAUGCACUUAAGUGGGAGAAAGAUAAUAUUCAAAUUCUUCGGGAUUUGUCUCUGUUACAGAUUCAGAUGCGAGACCUUGAAGGUUAUCGAGACACCAGAUACCAACUUUUUAUGCUUCGUCCAACGCAACGUGCCUCUUGGAUUGGCUUUGGGAUGGCGUACCAUUUGCUUAAAGAUUAUGAAAUGGCUCAGAACAUAUUGGAAACAUUUCGUAAGACACAACUGCAAAAAAGUUCAUAUGACUACGAGCAUAGUGAAUUGCUCCUGUAUCAGAACAUGGUUAUCCAAGAGUCUGGAGCACUGGAAGAAGCACUUAUCCAUCUAAAUAAAUACUCCGACCAGAUAUGUGAUAAACUGUCUGUUCUGGAAACCUGGGGUAAGCUAUACCUAGAACUGAAGCGCUACAGGGAAGCGGAGAGUAUAUACAAACAGCUGCUAAUGCGGAAUCCAGAAAACACGUCAUAUUAUAUGAAGUUGCAGGAAGCACAGCAGCUGAAGGAUCCUGAUGAUAUUUUGCGUAUGUUUGCUGGCUACCAAGAGCUUUUCCCUAGAGCACAGGCACCGAAGCGACUACCACUGAAUUAUGCUUCAGGUUUAACAUUCCGUACCAUGGUAGACAAGUACCUAAGGCAAGGUCUGCAUAAAGGAGUACCCCCUCUUUUUGUAGACCUUAGGUCACUUUAUAAAGAUCCAGAAAAGGUUGAGACCAUCCAUAAACUCGUCCUUCAAUAUGUGGAUGCUUUAAAGGCUUAUGGCCGAUUCAGUGCACAAGAUGUUGCAGAAAAUCUUCCUAAGGAGCCUGCUUCAGCCCUUUUAUGGGCAUACUAUUACUUAGCCCAGCAUUAUGACUUUUUAGGGGACACAGAAAGGGCACUUUAUUACAUUGAUGCUGCCAUUGACCAUACGCCUACUCUUAUAGAACUUUUUGUAACAAAAGGUCGGAUUUACAAGCAUGGUGGAGAUGUAAUAGAGGCAUACAAGUGGCUGGAUGAAGCACAAGGGUUGGAUACAGCAGAUCGAUACAUAAACUCCAAAUGCGCCAAGUACAUGUUGAGAGCGAACCUAAUCAAAGAAGCAGAGGAAACAUGCUCAAAAUUCACAAGGGAAGGUGUUUCGGCAAUGGAAAACUUAAAUGAAAUGCAGUGUAUGUGGUUUCAAACUGAGUGUGCUAUGGCAUACCAGAGAUUAGAGAAAUGGGGAGAGUCCCUAAAAAAAUGUCACGAGGUUGAUAGGCAUUUUUCAGAAAUUAUAGAAGACCAGUUUGACUUCCACACAUAUUGCAUGCGUAAGAUGACACUUCGUUCGUAUGUGGGGUUGCUGCGGUUAGAGGAUGUCCUGCGAUCACAUCCAUUCUACUUUAAGGCUGCUCGGUGUGCGAUUGAAGUAUACCUGCGUCUCCAUGAUAAACCACUUCAAGAUGAAACUUCCGAACAGGAAAUGAACACAGAGAACCUAGCUCCAGCAGAAUUAAAGAAGCUGCGCAACAAACAACGUAAGGCAUUACGCAAGGCUGAACGAGAGAGACAGCAGGCGGCACAAGCACAGGAAAAGCGUGAGCAGCACAACAAGUCGAGGCAGCAGGCUGCAGACGCUGGUGGCGGCGCAGGCGGCGAGCCUGAUGCGCCACCACAAGACGAAUUGGUGCCUGACAAACUAGCACGUGCCCCAGAUCCUCUGCAGCAAGCUAUACGUUUCCUGCAGCCACUGCAACUACUUGCUGCUGAUCACAUAGAGACCCAUCUCAUGGCUUUUGAGAUAUAUUCCAGAAAACGAAAACCACUGUUGAUGCUGCAAGCAAUGAAACGUGCAUAUCGAUUGGAGCCAGAACAUCCAAAACUACACUCGUGUCUUAUUGUGGGCCAUGGACUGCUGGAGAGGUGGCAGGCCACGUUGGACCCUGCAGUUGCUACUGUGUUGCGACAGGAGAUGCUGCCAAUUUUUCGUGGACGUGAUCCUCAUCAGAUGAAUGUGCAGUUCCUUGCAGCACACUCAAAUUCCCUCCAAUCACUCAUUGAAGGUGCUAAAAUGAUGUAUCGUCUUGACCCAUCUAAACAAGAGACUGCACUAAAAUUGGUUACCAAAUUGGAUAAGGAUAUUGCUGACGUUAAUCUACAGAACUGCACAGAGGUACUUCGCCUGCUGAAGACUGGUGAGCUGGGAACCUGCCCUACGACCACACUAGCAGACUACACAGCACGUUGUCACUCUCUCUUCCCAUACGCACGUGCCUUUCGUCCUGCAGAGGCCACCAAUGCUUCAAACAACCACAUUACUGAAAACUGUGUCGGGAACAUUGUCAACUGAUGCCGGAUUGCAGCCAUUGCUUGGAGCAAUGGGAUUUCAAGUGCUACCCUCGGUAUUACUGACUGAGUGCAGACCACUCCGACAGUCCAGGUCCGGGCAUGUUGCCUGAUGUCAACUUACAGCACUGAGAAUAUGACACAUUGCUCUUUAAAUUUUAGAAUGAGCUGUCUUUUUUUCCAGUUUAUGCACGUGUGCGGAAUCUCCAGUACACAUUUUAAAAAUUGGUAGUUGUGUCAGUCUUUCAAAAACGUUCAUGUAACAUAAUUUUUUGUUUGAUUUUUUUUUUAAAAAAAGAAAUAUGUAGAAAAUGUAGUUGUGGAACCAGAAGUACCAAAAAAAAGAAACUUGAGUUAAACACUUAACUCUUUCAUUUAGUUCAAUUUAUUGAUCAUUGGUAAUAAUUACUUUAUUCUGUAUUUUGAGUUUCAAAUGAAGUUAUCACAGAAUCAUGAGGAGGCUGCAGCAAGAGACAUUGUCGUCAGUGAGAUCACGCCUUUGAGUGCAUCGAAACAUUAGAAGACAGCACUAGUAAACUCAUUGAAAUUUGUAGGAGGAAAUCCAUUUAAUAAUUAUUAUAAACUGAGUGACAUUUCAUAGUUAAGAAAAUGUUUGGCUAUCAAGCAUUUAUUCAUUGUAUUUCAUCAUUUUAAAAAUGCAUAGUGCCUGACUUCCAGAAAUUGUAUUGAAGCAGCAAAAGUAGAGCAGAGACUUGUCUUGCCAUCAAGACUGUAGAUAUUAGUUAACAAAAUGUGGAAGUGAUACAUCAGCCCUUUUCCUUAACUUACAUUGAUGUGUCAGAGUAUCAUAUUGCCUUCUUCUCGAAGGUUGGAUGUAGCAAUAGAAUUAAUAAACGCUGCGACAUUUACUGAACUGUUGUGUGUGUGAAAAAUCAGUGAAGCAGUCGUGAUAAAAACACAGGACAUGUUGCUGAGCUCUGUAGCACUGCAGAGGGUUGUACUUGCAACCAAAACCAGGACUUCAGCAUCAAGUAAACCCAGAUAUUCUUGGGAGUAAACUACAUAAUGUGAUUAGGAAGAGUAUCAGAGUGUGACUGUAGCUCUAGUUGUGUUGUUUUAAUAGAAGCUGCUGUUGUUGAAGAUGCAAUCACAGAUUUGCUGUGGUUGUCCAUCAGGCACAAGAAUCUUCCAUCUGUUGUAUAAAGUUGUAUAACUCUGUAAUUGUUUCCUUUUAUGAGUAUGUAAAUUUUGUAAAUAUUUAUUCUGUGUUAUAUUUUAUAGGUAGUAUUUUCUGAAAUAUAUCUUUUGUUACAGACAUUCUGAACUGUAAUAAGGUGCCUUUUCCCGCUUCGUGAACAAAACCGUUAAAAAAUGUUUGUGUAGUGUAUGUCGGAAUAUGUAAAACAUGCGUAAUCUUUAACUGUAGAAUCUACAUUUACAGAAGGAUAGAUUUAGAGCUAUAAUAUUGUUUUCCUCAGAGCAUGAUUAGCACAUGUCCUGUGUGUUUCUUGGCCAAGUUCAAGAAUGUAUGAAUUAUAUCAUAGGACACAAGUUAUAUUGUGAAGCAUAUUCCUUAAAUACAGAGCAGUGACACUGAAUGCCUAAGGUAAACACUCCGUAUUGGUACAAAAUUUCGAACUUUCAAUUUUUUGUACAGCAGGAUUUGUCCUUCCGUGAUAAUAUUUAAUGGAAGCAAUCUUGGAGUGUUUUCCCAGUGUCCAUUUGUAAAACAUACUCUUCAUGAAGUGUACAAGUUACUGCUCUGUAUACAUGUCCAUUCAUGUAGAUACUCAUGUCAUCUUCAACACUUCUCUGAUUCUUUUGUGUCUGAAAUUCACAUUAUCAGCCGAAAACGAAAGAAGUUGUUGGCCAUUGGCUUUGUAAUCUGGUCUUUCUUCCUGUUUGAAAUGAUUAUUUAAAAAUUAUUUUGACAGAAAUUGGGAAGUUACAUCAUACAAUCAGUUGAAGAGCACCAUGCUGCUUGUCAUCUGCAUAUGUCAUUUCACUUUUUUAAUGCUUGUGUAUUGUAUUUUAUUUAAUGCUAUUGAAUAAAAGUGUGUUCAAGAAAACAAAUUGUAAAAAUAUGUAUGGUAUUGGUUAGCUGAUCUUACCAGCAUUUUAUAAUACUUGCGAAUGCUGUUAGCACAUGAGUUGUGUGAACUUCACUGUACUGAUGGUUGUCUAGUCCAUUCCAUUUGCAUGCAUGUAAAAACUAAAAUUUUGUUACACUUUCUCUUUUUGUGACAUACCAAUUUACUUAAGUGUUGCAAGUUUUCAGGCUUCUCAUUAAAAUUGUAACAAUAACUGGAUUCCAAAAUAAUUUAGUGCGCCUUCUGCUGUUGAUCUUUGAUGAUUACAGCUAUGUAUUUAGCCACUUUAGUUUGUCAUUCCAGUUUAUUUAGCCAGUGGCACAGAUUAUCAGUACUUACAAUAAAACACAAUUGUGUUCUUGUAUCAAUUUGCAUGUAUGUAAACAUGCAAAAAGGCUUAAUUUAUCUUUAUUGUUAAGUUUUUAUCCAUUACACAUAAAGUCUUUGCAAAUA